UAAGCAUGUGGUGGGUGUGGGGUUAAGGCAAUCUGGGGUUUUACAGUUGCAGCUGCACAGGCAGCAGGAUGUCGUGUCUCAGAGCAAAAAACACUGACCCUGCUGUCACUUCUGAGCACAGAAACCUCAGUGACAUGGACAGGCAAGGGACAAUAAGUGUGUCUGUGAGGGAGAGAGAGAAGGAACAGAAUGGAACAUGGAGGGGGGAGAGAUAUGCAGAGGAGUGGAAAAGGAGAAGAUCAACAGGAGCAAAAAAGCUCAAUACAGAAAUAUUAACAUGGAAAGCAGCAAGGGGCAAUGGGAUGAAAGAGGAGUGUAGAAGAGAGAUAAUCUGAUGGGGUGAGGACUGAGAGAUGUGAGUACACAGAAGAAGGGGGGCUGUGAGAACUGAUAAGAGAAUGAGUACAGAAAGAUCAGAGGAGGUGGGGUGUGUACAGUAAGUGAUGCUUUGAGAGAAGUAAAGCAAAUUAUUGGAGGAGAGGAGAUCAAAGAUGGUACAAGAGAAAAAUGUGAAAUAUAUAGCAAAUGAGCAAGAGAAGGAAAAGAAACGAAGGAAAAGAAAAUAAGGAGAAAGUACAUUAUCUAGUGCUGUGCGAUGUGACUAAGGAAGAACUGAUUAGAGAAAACUCGUGACGUGCAGGACGUGUGAUAUAGAGGGAACUGCAGUGAAUGUCUAGAAUAGACCAAGAACGAAAAUUACCAACAUGGCAAAGGGGGGAAAGGGGAGGAAAGUAGGUGGGGGAAUUAGUAAGCAGAUAAGAGGAAAACAGUGGCGAAUAUAUAAGAAGUCAGCAAAGAAUAAGAGAAGAGGCGCGUGGAAAUAGAAGAGAUAAAGUGAGAGCGAGAGAGGAUAUCAAAAAGGAGAAGUGAGAAGAGAGGGAGAUAAUGUGGAGUGAAGUUGCUGUUACUGGACUUCUGAUUGAACAAAAACAAAGCAUUUGGUGACAUGAUGGCACAAGUUCUACAUAUGGAAACUCAUUUCCCAGGUAAACCUGGCCCUGCCUCCCUCUCUGGAGUAAAAGACCCUGAUGUGCCCUAUUCUGUAGAGACACCGUAUGGUUACCGGCUAGACUUGGACUUCCUCAAAUAUGUUGAUGACAUUGAGAAAGGUCAUACUAUUAAAAAAGUGCCAGUACACCGCAGACCUCGUUAUGGAUCCUUACCACGUGGCCCAGGCUACACCGGCUCUUGGUGGACAUCCACAGAGUCACUUUGUUCUAAUGCCAGCAAUGAUAGCCGUCACUCCUCUUACUCAUACUGUGGACGAAGCUUCUACCCAGCCUACGAGAGCAGAGGUGGACCUCAUACUGCAAAUAGCUUUAAUCCCCGUGUGGAGAGGACAUUGCUGGAUGCUAGCAAGAAGUUGGAGGCUGGGCAGUCUCGUCCUCUUGGGUCGGGUUGCCGCUCAACCAGCUCUGUUUCUACUCCUUCUCUCUCUCGCCUACCUUCUUCCUCUUCAACACAACAACUUUCUUCUUUCACCCCAUUAAGCUCUGGAAUGUCCACGCCAGUUUCUCCUACCCCAGUUCAUCUCCAGCAUGUGCGGGAGCAGAUGGCAGUGGCUCUUAAGAGACUGCGCCAGCUUGAGGAGCAGGUGAAAAUGAUUCCAGUCCUCCAGGUAAAAAUUUCUGUCCUCCAGGAAGAGAAGCGCCAACUAAGUGUUCAGUUAAAGAGCCAAAAGUUCCUUGGGCAUACUGGCAAUAACUCUAGGGGAAGGGGAAGAGGGGAACUAUACAUUGAAAUUCCAGAAGAAGAUUCAAAAAAUGGGAAAGUAGAAGGAGAGCCAGGAAGAGAGGGCAAAGAAGAAAAUGGAGAAGAUGCUAAGAAAGUAGGGGGUUUGAAAGAAGGAUUACAAGAAGAUACAAAAGUGCAUUUGGAAUCUCAGGAAAGGCCAACUAAAAAAAUGUGCAGCGUUGGAGUAUGGGUGCGAGAGGUGGACUUCGUGCCUAUCCCUACAAGGCAACCAGAGGCAGAUAAACAGAGGCUUCUAGUCCAGGCACUGUCUGCCAAAGUCGCAGUGCUUGAAAAGCAGCUUGGACGGGCUCUGAUUGAAGUUCAAAAUGCUAACAAAAAACUUGAAGAGGCUGAGAGAGCAGGCAGGGGUGAGGAAACAGGAAAAAGAGAGAAGAAGGAGGAGGUACGGGCAGAUGCAGUGAAGGUAGCUAGAGUAGAACGAGGAAGUGAAGUGGCCUCCAGCACAAAAGUGGGACCUGGGGUCCAGCCACAAAGGGCUCGAGACUUGGAAGUAAGAGGUGUAGGAGCAAAGCCACGAGAGGAAGAGGAGAGAGUGUAUAGGAGCAGAGAAAUUGUAGAGAAGCCAUUCCACACCUCUCAAGGUCCAGCUGUCACUAUCCAUUUGGUAAAGAAGAUCAGUAUCACGGGGCAUGGUGCAAAGGAAGAUCCCAGUACUGUUUGGAGAGGAGGGGACCCUGUAUCACCUGUAAACGUAACCCAGGAAGUCACAAUAGGAGGAAGCAACAUAGGAGUCACAGAUAUGGGGAGUGAUGACAGGACAGGCAUUUCUGCUGAAAAUAAAAAGUCCAUCAACACAAAUCAACAGAAUGACCAAGAGACAAAAUCCCUGCACUUUUCUGGAGUGAAUGGAGACUUGGACACUCACUCUGCGUCAUCAGAGGAUUCAGGUACAAUGGAAAAUCCAUCUGACAGUGAGAGCACAGAAAGUGAAUAUCAUGAAGCCAGUGAAGGAUUAACAGGGGCUCAGACUGAGACACAACAUCCAGGAGUAACCAGUAGCCACACUCCUAGAGACCCAGUGAAGGAGAUACCAGAGACAGCUACAGCCUCACUGUCCCCAACAAACCCCACACCUAGGGUGGAGCUGAGUAACACUUUGAUCUCAGGCUGUGUGGCCUUACAGAAAUCCUUAGAUAAUUUCACAGCUCUUACAGACCAAGAAAAGGCAGCGGCACAUGCAGUGGUGCUCCAGGAGUGGAUGAAGAUACUGAGGCAGAAGGAGGUGGACCCAGCUGUCAUUCGCCACCACUUGACAGUCUUCCGUGCCAUGUCCCCACGUUUGCUGGAGGUCAUCAUAAAUAUGGCGGAUUCUAAAGGGAAUACUGCCGUCCAUUAUGCGGUGUCACAAUCUAACUUCACAGUGGUCCGGCAGCUGUUGGAGACUGGCCUGUGUGAUGUGAACAGACAGAAUAAGGCCGGCUUCACGCCCCUCAUGCUCACAGCGCUUGCAGCUUUUCGUUCUGACGAGGACAUCGAGACAGUUACACAGAUGCUGCGCUUGGGAGACGUCAACUGCAGAGCAAGCCAGGCUGGGCAGACAGCUCUGAUGCUGGCAGUUAGUCAUGGGCGAUUAGACGUGGUACGUGCUUUGUUGGAGUGUGGAGCAGAUGUGAACGUGCAGGAUCACGAUGGGUCUACUGCGCUCAUGUGUGCAUGUGAACAUGGACAUGCUGACAUUGUUACCCUGCUCCUUGCAGUUCCAUCAUGUGAUGUGGCACUCACAGAUAACGAUGGAAGCACAGCUCUGUCUAUUGCGCUGGAAGCUGGACAGAAUGACAUAGCAAUGCUACUUUAUACUCAUAAUGCACAGACCUGCAAUACGAAUAAUACAAAAAAUCUCAAGAACCCAACUGAUGAAUCCCAAUGAGAGGAUGAAUUUGGGUGCUAGAGCUCCCCUUUAGUACUCAGCUAGAGUAUAGCAAGAGGAGAGACUCUAUAUGCCGUCCAGAGCUGUGUGGCUGCCCUUGGAAUACUGCACUGCAAAACCACUAGGAUUAUACACCCAGCUUCAGCACUAUUGAGGGAGGGAGGUGGGUGGUGGGGGGAGUUAAAUCUGCAAACGUUGGAAAAAGAAGAUGAAUAUAUUUCAAAAUAAUGGUACGAAAUGGAGAUUAUAAAGACAAAUCUGAUGUGGAAAAAAAACCAAGAAUGUUUAAGAAUGGAAAAUGUGAGAAAAAAUAAAUGAACUGAUGUCUAAAAUAGCAAAGUAAAAAUGUAAAAGCGCAAAAGAGAGAGAAAAGCUAUGGAUGCAUGCAGACAAAUGAGAGGGGAUCGGAAAGUUUUAAAAAAAAGGUUUAAACCCCAGUUAAAGAAACAGAAUCAGGAGGAUAAUGGGUAAAGACAUAUAAAAGGAAUGAUGGAAGAUAAAGAGAGAUACAAAGAGAAGGGACAUAUAGGACACCAAGUGGCAAUGGAAGAACAUCUGCAAGAGAGAAGUGGUGAGCAAGAUACUGAAAGUUCUGAGACCGACUGAUGGAAAGAGAAUGAUGAAGAGUGGACAAUGAUAAAGAAAAAACUAGUAUCUCUACAGGCAUAACGUUUUUGUCCCAAGUACCCCAGCUGCCACAUGCAGUUAUUAUUAUUCGUUUAAAAAAUGUCUGUGACAAAUUGGUGUCAGAUAUAGUUUUCUGUUUUCAUGAAUUUAUUUUAAACUUUGGUUUCACUGAAUGCAAAUUCAGCAAAUACUUGGAAAUAUUACAUCAAAAACAAAAAAAUCAACUUACAGAGAAAACACACACAGCACACAUAUAGCUCUUUAACCUCUUCAGGACCGGGAAUUUAAGAGAAAAACAUGCCCAAAGUGCAAGAGAAUUUUUAACGUUUUUGCUAUCACUCCAUUUAAACAGAAAUAGAACCUUGGUUUCCUUGAUUUAUCUAUGAAAAGUAUAUAUGGUUUUUAAGUAGACAACCCAAGGUAUUAAUCUAGGCCCAUUUUGAUAAAUUUCAUACCAACGACUUUGCUAUCAACUGCAAUCAUAUAAAAAAAUCGUUAACUUUUUCACAAACUUUGAGUUUCUCACUGAAAUUACUUACAUACCGCUUGUACGGUAAUAACACAAAUGGUUGUAAAAGCUUCUCUGGGAUCCCUUUAGUUCAGAAAUAGCAGACAUGCAUGGCUGUGCCAUAGCUUUUUGGUAAUUAGAAGGCAGCUAAUUGUAGCUGCGCACCACACUUCUGAAAUUCCCCUACAUGUUUCACCACCAUCUUAGGUACUGGCAGACAGUCAGCCAGUAUUACGUUUUAGGGCUUUUUAUAAAUUCAUUUUAUUUAUUUUUUAUAUUGUGCAGUGUAGGAUCCUCCCACCUCCCUGAACCCUCCAUAACAGCUUGUUAACCGCCCCACCCACAAUGAUCUCCGCCAUCUUAGAUACAGCUGUCUGCCAGUACCCAGUUUACAUGCUUUAUUUAUACAUUUUAUUAAUAAAAAAAAACCUUUUCUGUUGUGUAGCGGUUCCUCCUCCCUACCUCCCCCUCGAAGCUCUUGUGUAUAGGGGCCCCCUCUUAAAAGCCCCUUUGCAGCAUCCUUCCCUCUCCCUUCUUUUCUGUAUCGUAGGGAACCUGCCCCCCUCUGGCUAUGGGCUGCCACCCUCCUUCCCUGCCUCACCACUCAUAGCACCACGGAAAUGAAUGCAGACUGUCUGUAUCUGUGAUCUAACUUCAUAUGGUAAAGGGAUAACAAUCAGAGCUCCCUUACCAUAUGAAGGCAGAUGCCUUCUGCCCUAGCUGCAGUCUAAGCUGACAUUCAGGACCGCACCAUGUGCUACAGUGUUGGACGUAGGUACUACAACAACAGGGUACACUGGGCAAAGUACUGUGUGAUGCAGUACCUAUGUCCAUAUGGCGCAAAGGGUUAAUAUUGUGCCACUUAGAUAGGGGGGAAAAUGUAAACUGAAGGAAGUAAUAUUCAUGUUACCAGAUGUCUGCAUCUAACGUCAUCACAUACACAGCUCAGGCUCAUUUUAAUGUGGCAUACUUGGGUACAGAACAUUUUACCUGGCACAAUUCACCAUGGCAUAUUUUCCUUGUGAUAUUUCACUGUGCCUAUAUAUUUUGCACAUUUUCACAGUGUUAAGCACUUUCCCUGUGAUACAUUUUAUGUUGGUGUUUCUCAACUCCAGUCCUCAAAUGUCUAUAAACAGUCAGAUUUAAAAAGAUGUUGCUACCUGAUAACAGGUGAAUAAGUCACAUAGAUUGAGCAGCUGACCUGUCUAGAUUGGCUCGUUAAAGAUGCUUGAGGGUGGAAAUGAGAAUAAUUAAUUUCUGUGAUAUAUUGAAUGUUUCCUUUAGCUGCACCAAGGCAAACAAUAAUAAAGGGCCAGUGCUGGAGUACCUCUUGCCAGUGCUUCAGGUGCCCUCAUGGGUAAGUACCACAGGUUGAGAAACAGGUGCCCAGAUUAUAUAUCAUGUACCACUUAUUUGAGAAAUUGGUUGCACUUAAUUAUGCCUGCGACUUGAUGCUAAUUAAAAAAAAAUCUGUAAGCAAGCAUUUCAUUUUCAACUAUAGAGAUUCUAUGAAGAAUUCUAUUUGUUGGCCAUUUUAUUGGAAUUAAUGAAUUUUGUAAUCAAAGUAUUUUUUUGCAAAACCAUAACAAAUGGGACAAUGUUUACUUGGUUACUGUAAUUAAUUAUUCAAUUGUAAAAUUAAAAAAAAGAAUCAGAUUUAACAAUGUGAGAAAAAAGUGAUAACACCAACUGCAAUUUUAAAUUGUAAUAUUAAAAGUCUGCUAUAAUUAGCUUCUUAUGAAAACAAAAGAAAUAGGAAAGAUUAUGAAGAAAAAUAAAAGAAUGGGUAAUGUAAAGGGAGAGAAUAAAAUAGCAAAACAAGAUGGUUAACCCCCGAGCAACUCCCUUUUUCUUCUUAUACCAGCCAGUUAAGCUCAUUCCGUAUGAUUCAGCAAUAAUAGUUACCAUUAUUGGUUGGAAUGCAAGCACUGCAAUAUAUAUAUUUUUGUUAUUCAUACUUAUAUAUAGAAAUGAUCCCUAUGACUACCUGUAUUUUAUUAAAUAUACCAUUAUAUGUAGAAUAUA